CAUACAUCAAACACAAUAACUUGUAAUCACCUUUCAUCAAGCCACUUCCCUCCAAGCCACAUAUCCUUCACACAUAUCAUUACCAUCAACCGCAACAAUGAAGGUCUCCGCCGUUCUCCUGAUCACCGCCGCCUCGGCCGCCCUCGCUGCUCCCGUCGCCGCCCCCGAGGCCGCCCCCGAGGCCGCGCCUGAUUACGCCAACUACGGCGACUACUCCUACAAGGAGUACGCAACCUAUGGCGACUACGAGGGCGCUCCGGCCACUCCGGAGACGACUCCUGCCGCGUACACCAACUACGGCGCCUACGAUGGCGUUCCGGCUCCUACCGCGUACACCACCUACGGCACGUACAAGCGCGCUGUCGACUGGGUCAAGAGCUUCUUCCAGUAAGACUCUUGCCUGAUAGCAUUGGGGAAAUUAGCAACGAGCGAGCGUUUAACACCACCACCCGCCAGCGCUAUCUCUCUCCCGCCCCCUCUU